UGACGUGUAGAGGGCUGGGCUAUCCUGAUCCUUACAGCAUAAGCUACACGGGGCCCUUAAACUUUGUCCACGGAAUUCACUGUGAGGUGAAAGGGGGACAAAAACGUGUAUCGUUCCACGGUAUUAAUCAAAUUGCUCAGAAACGAUGGAAAAAUUCGCUUUAGCAACAGGAGGACACAAGGCUUUUUCACAGCGUGCUUAAGAAAAUUUAAAUAGGACUCAGUAGAAAGUUAGUUACGUCGACUCGACCGGCUUUUUAUUCUUCUUCUUGUCUCAGUCAAACGUAGUUUGUAUAGCUGUAAUUUAUACAGGCAUCCCGAGGUGCCAACUAGGGGACGCCGUGGUGUAAAAUACAAGAAGAAAAGAAGAGCAAAGAAGAAACCAGAAUAGCAGGACUUCGUUUAAACUAAGUAACAGUGUGCAUUGAAUACGAACUGCUGUGAUACAGUAGCCGCCGGCAAACUAAACGUAGGUAUGAACCAACGUUAGCUUGGUUAACCUUUAAUCGAUAGCGAAGACAGAGCGGAGCGCACGGACACGCCAGGCUUCCUGGCAUUCCAGCAGGAACGGGGCGAGCACAGCGCGUCAGUCAGUCCCCGUUGGUUGCUAAGAAGAGUUAACUGUAUCCAAAGAGAAUUGGAAAACCCAGCUCGGCCUUCCCACCCCGAGCGUGGAUCAACUCAUUGGGUGGGAGCUGCCUGAGAGACAAGGGUCUGCAGCAAAUCAGAGGCUAAUUGAUUAAAAAGAGUUCAUUUGAAUAGGGGGCUGGCGACGUGCCAAUCGCCUUUCAAAGAGCCCUCUAUGAUUAAUCGCAAUGCAUUAUUGAUAAUCAUAAUUAUAGAAGGACACAUGCGCGCUGGAUGGGCUCGAUUUCCGUAAUUUUGAGAAGAUUUUUUGUUAAUUUUUUAUUCUGCCCCGGCUGAUGUGUGAGCCAGCAUGUCGCGGAGGAAACAGGCAAAGCCUCAGCACAUUCAAUCCGACCCCCAUCUGGCCCUUUCCAUGCAGAAUGGAGACGCCCAACAAGACCAGGCAAAUCCACCCACGGAGAGCAGUGAUGCCCACGUCUGCAGCAGAUGCUGUGCAGAGUUCUUUAAACUAUCAGAUCUCCUACAACACAAGAAGGAUUGCACUAAGAAUCAGUUAGUUUUGAUAGGAAAUGAAAAUCCAGCUUCUCCUUUCGAAACCUUCUCUCCAAGCUCCCCUCCACAUAAUCCUGAUGAGCAGGUGAAUGACACAGUUAAUAACACUGAUCAAGUAGACUGCAGCGACCUUUCGGAGCAGAACACACUGGACAAAGAGGAAUUCAUGGACGUGGACAUUUCCGGAAUUAACAGCAGCGAGAGCAGCAGCAGCAGCAGCAAUUUCUGCACCAUCAACAGUAGUAUUACAAGCAGUGCUAGCCCUACGAUGGGAUCCACAGCCGUCUCAACAUCUCUACCUCAACUAGGUAAACUGACUGAGCUGGGCAAUUUCUCAAUGUUUAACAGCAAUGUAAUAAUCGAAAACCUGCAAAGCACCAAGGUGGCGGUGGCCCAGUUUUCCCAAGAAACCCGCCCUAAAGGCAGCAACAGGCUUGCUGUCCCUGCCCUGAUGGAGCAGCUCCUAGCUCUGCAGCAGCAGCAGAUCCACCAGUUGCAGCUCAUUGAGCAAAUCCGUCACCAGAUAUUAUUGUUGGCAUCUCAGAACGUGGAAAUGCCAGUACCCUCUAGCUCUUCUCAAGGUACAUUAGGGACGCCUGCCAACCCAUUGACAGCACUCAGUUCACAUCUCUCCCAGCAGCUGGCUGCAGCUGCCGGAUUAGCACAGAGCAUCGCUAGUCAGUCUGCCAGCAUUAGCAGUUUGAAGAAACUGACUGCAGCACAGCUACCUCAGACCAACCCUGUCAACAGCAUGGUGCCCCCAGGCAUUGGAUCGUCUCCCAACAUUAACAUCUUGCCAACAGCAGCUAACGCCCCUCCCUCCGACAAACUAUCUGCACACGCUGGCAAUCUGCACCCACCGCUCAGCAACCCGUCGAUAUCGAAAACCUCCUCACCAGCCUUCGGAAUAGGCAGCUUGUUAAGCCCUGAAUCCAAUCCACCUCUACCUCAGCCUGUUUCCAGUAACCAGUUGUUCUCCACCCCCCUGCCCAGCACGGGCACGACGGUGCAUGAUGAUCUGAACUCCUUGUCCGCCCUGGCCCAGCAAAGGAAAGGCAAGCCACCCAACGUGACUUCCUUCGAGCCCAAAAGCAGCUCGGAAGAAGCCUUCUUCAAACACAAGUGUAGGUUUUGCGCCAAGGUGUUUGGGAGCGAUAGUGCCUUGCAAAUACAUCUGCGGUCUCAUACUGGAGAGAGACCGUACAAAUGCAACAUCUGUGGGAACCGCUUCUCCACCAGAGGAAACCUGAAGGUUCACUUCCAGCGGCAUUUAGAGAAAUACCCCCAUAUUCAAAUGAACCCCUAUCCCGUGCCGGAACAUUUGGACAAUAUUCCUACCAGCACAGGCAUCCCCUACGGAAUGUCCAUGCCCCCGGAGAAGCCAGUCACCAGCUGGCUGGACACUAAGCCAGUUAUGCCCACCUUGACCACGUCUGUUGGCCUCUUGCUCCCCCCAACAAUGCCCAGCUUGCCAGCCUUUAUCAAAAAGGAGGAGAAUCAUGUGCUUCCUGUGACCAGCCCUCCCAGUCCUGUUAAAAGUGACUCGGGUGCAGCAGAACCACCGUCAGUGAAAAGAAAUGAUAGCAUGUUGGAAGGUGAAGGUGGUGCCCUGCCUACCUCAAAUGGGAAAAUAGAAGAGGAGAUCAAUCAAUCCUCUAACUCCCCUACCUACAUGAGCUACAGCUCUGCCCAGAAGAGUGCUGCCGACCAAGGCUCAAACUGCAGCCCACCUUUUACUAGUAACCCGCUGAUGCCACUCAUGUCCGAGCAGUUCAAAGCAAAGUUUCCAUUUGGAGGUCUCUUAGAUACCACGCAAACAUCUGAAACAUCCAAGCUCCAGCAGCUUGUGGAGAACAUUGACAAAAAGGUCAGCGAUCCAAAUGAGUGUGUAGUCUGCCAUAGAGUGCUCAGCUGCCAUAGUGCUCUUAAAAUGCACUACCGUACACAUACUGGAGAGAGACCUUUUAAGUGUAAAGUGUGUGGCCGGGCUUUCACUACAAAAGGGAACCUGAAAACCCAUUACAGUGUUCAUCGUGCCAUGCCUCCAUUAAGGGUCCAACACUCUUGCCCCAUCUGUCAGAAGAAGUUCACCAAUGCAGUUGUCCUACAGCAGCAUAUCAGGAUGCACAUGGGGGGUCAGAUUCCCAACACUCCCCUCCCAGACAACUAUCCUGAGUCUAUGGAGUCUGACACAGGAUCCUUCGACGACAGGAAUUUUGAUGACUUGGAGAACUUCUCGGAUGAAAAUAUGGAAGCCUGUCCCGACAGCAGCAUACCAGAUACUCCAAAGUCUGCCGAUGCCUGUCCAGACAGUCUGUGUUGUUCCCCUGUGCCCCCGGAAAUGUCUGGGAUAGCUACUUUGGAAAAGCAGAUGAAAAUGAACAAUGCCAGGCUUGUGGAACAGCUUCAGGCUGGCAAGUUAAAGCCGGUUGAAAACGGAUCGGUUGAGGGUGACCACAUGACCAACGACUCGUCAUCCCUCGGAGGGGACAUUGAGAGCCAAAGUGUUGGGAGCCCUGCCAUCUCAGAAUCUACCUCUUCCAUGCAGGCGCUGUCCCCUACCAACAGUUUCACGACCCACCACAAAUCCCCCAGCUUUGAAGAAAAGCAGCUGAGAGCUUUAUCAACAGAUCACGCAAGCACCAUCACCCUGUCCCCCACCAACAGCGUGGUCUUGGACCUGACUUCCUGCAACCCGCUGAAAGACCCUCUGGGCCUGCUCUUCCCUUUCAGGGACCGUGGUGCAUUCAAGAACACGGCGUGCGAUAUCUGUGGCAAAACGUUUGCUUGUCAGAGUGCCUUGGACAUUCAUUACAGGAGCCAUACCAAAGAACGACCUUUUAUUUGCACAGCCUGUAACCGGGGGUUUUCCACCAGGGGCAAUUUGAAGCAGCACAUGCUGACACAUCAGAUGCGAGACCUUCCCUCGCAGUUGUUUGAGCCUUCCAACCCCAGUAUCGGUCCCUCUCGGAGCCCUUGUGGCCUGCCUGCCUGUUCUUUGAUCAUCAAGAGUGAGGUUGUCAAUGGUUUCCAGCACUGUUCCCCGCAGCAGUCCUCAUCGGGUCCUCUGUCGGUCUCUGCCACGUCCCCGGUCUUACCUCCUGCCCCUCCUCGAAGGACUCCCAAGCAGCAUUACUGCAACACCUGUGGGAAGACCUUCUCAUCCUCCAGCGCUUUGCAGAUCCAUGAGAGAACGCAUACCGGUGAGAAACCCUUUGCUUGCACCAUCUGUGGAAGAGCUUUCACAACCAAAGGCAACCUCAAGGUUCACAUGGGGACUCACAUGUGGAACAGCGCCCCUGCCAGGCGAGGUCGCAGGCUUUCAGUGGAUGGGACCAUGGCAUUCCUAGGAGGCAACCAUGUCAAAUUCCCAGAAAUAUUCAAAAAGGAUUUGGCUUCCAGGACGGGAAACGGAGACCCCACCAGCUUCUGGAAUCAAUACGCUGCAGCCUUUUCAAACGGCUUGGCCAUGAAGACCAACGAGAUCUCUGUGAUUCAGAACGGUGGCGUCCCUUCCAUACCUGGGAUCAUCAGCAAUGGAGGCAGCUCUCCCAUCAGCGGCUUGACAGGGAGCUUAGAGAAGCUUCCAAAUACAGAACCCAAUGCACCUCUAGCUGGUCUGGAGAGAAUGGCAAAGGCGGAAAACGGGGCCCAUUACCGAUUCACUCGUUUCAUAGAAGACAAUAAAGAAAUCGUGACAAACUAGGAGAGGCACGAUUAACAUUCCUACGAACAGAGCAGCUCUGGCCUGCCUUUGAAACUUUACCAACUACAAAGUUAAGAAGACGUGCUUUUUUUUGUACAAUGUACAACUUCUAUAGUUUUGAGGAGCUUAUUUAUUAGUGAUAAUAACCUUGCUUGGAAUCAAGUGGAAGCAUUAGCAGUUACUUUAGGCUUUUGGUGUUUCGGCCAGAAUGGACUUGUGUGAGUUCUUUAAAAAAAAAGUUCUGUUGGGACUUCUAACAUUUGCUACCAUGUCUGGUUAGAUGAUCUUACCUUGGCAUUAAAUUAUUUUAUAUAUGUAGUAUAUAACAUACCCUCUGGUGUUCAUGCAAUGCCACUGUGAUGCAUUCUUUAAUAAAUACUGUACACCUGUGCUGGAAAGCCCACCAGCUUACUCUUGUUUUAUCUUUCUUCCAUGAAAAAGACUGAUCCUAUAGACUAAGGGCAAAAACACCUCUGUCAUUUUUUUCCUAUCAACAGUUUUUGAUUUUUAUUACAAAAUUAAAACUGCUUUAGUUGUUUUGUAGAGGUAACCCCAUUUUGUUCCAGAACUGUUCUUUGUAUUGUGCUUUUUACUUCCUUCGUCUUUUAAUGCUCUGUAAAGUUUUAAGAACGCCGCAGCUGUCCGAGAAGUCUUCAGGAAGUGUUGUCUUUGUAAUUUAAACUGAGAAGAAGUUAAAAAGCCUUGUAGGUUUGCUUCUGACUGAAGCAGUGCUGGAACUCUGUGUUGCUGCUAUGUUUUACAACAUCAGAUAAAACCAUUGAAAUGUAAAUAGUAUAUCAAAUGUGGAACAAUUCCAUCGAAAAAAAUGUACAUAUAUUCCUAAGUCCACCUUGAGCAACGGACAGAUAUAAUGUUUUUGUUUUGUUUUUUGUUUGUGUUUUUUGGGGGGGUUUUUGUACUAGGGUUGAAAACCUUUGAACUCUUACAUGCACCUUGGAAAGAUAUAAGGGUCCAGUUCCUCUAUAGCUUAUUAAUACUAACAACUAACAUAAUGUCAUUCUUUACUUCAUCAUAAUCAAAUACAGCAGUUUUGCAAAAGAAAAAUGAA